UGGAGCGUAACGAAGUGAGAAAUGGCGGGCAGACCAAUGUGACAGGUCUUAGCAUCUUUACGAUUUCAGUGGUAUGCCGGUGACUUCCACACAGCUAACAACAUAGAAUGGCUUAUGAGAAGAUGCAAGAUGAUAAAGACGACAAGAAAGAUGCAUCAUUAUAUGAUAUCCUCUUGGUUGACAGAGAUGCCAGCCCAGAAGAGAUUAAAAAAGCAUACAGAAAGAUGGCCUUAAAACAYCAUCCCGAUAAAAACCGAGAUAAUCCUGAAGCAACAGAAAAGUUUAAAGAAAUCAACCAUGCACAUACUAUAUUAUCCGAUCCUAGUAAAAGAGAAAUAUACGAUAAAUAUGGCAACAUGGGUUUAUAUAUAGCAGAACAAUUUGGUGACGAGAAUGUAAAAUUGUACUUUAGAUUGAACAGUGGAUGGUGUAAGGCCUUGUUCUUUUUCUGUGGAGUCAUAACCGGUUGCUAUUUCUGCUGUUGUUGUUGCUUUUUCUGCUUCAACUUCUGUUGUGGCAAAUGUAAGCCAAACCCUGAUGAGGACUGGCCCGAGGAUAUGACGGCUUACGAAGACGCAAUGAAAGAGGAGGAAGACUCCACCCCAGUYACCACUCAGCCAGGUUUGAACGGGGAGCCUGUAAUGACCAGUGAAGAGCCAGGACCUACUGARGACGCAAAACCGUCUCAAGUUGAAAGUCCGACGAGCAACAGCACGGGCAGUACAGCAAUCCCUCUUCCUGCUUCGUAAACAAUAAUGACUUAUAGGAUUUCAUUUUGACAUUAUUACCACACUUUGCCUUAGGAUUGUUUUAAUAUGAUCAAUUGUAUUCAAUUAUUAGGGAUAUUUGAGUCAUUAUCUCUGUAAUCCGGUCAUCUAGUGACCGCUUUAUAAAGGUCCGUGAGGGUAAGAGGCGGUUAAUCCCCACAAAAAAGACCUCUAUAAUACGGGCAUCAGUUGGCCGGGUUAUAGCGUUUUAUUGGCAUGCCCCUGUUAAAACUGACCCGAUUAUAUAGAAGGGUCGCAUAUUUGGCAGCCUCUCGAAUACGAAACCUCAAAACGUGACAUAAUGUUCGGAUUAGUGGGGUGUUUAGGAUUUAUCCAUGAAGAAUGACAUAGAGAAUGUGUGUAUGUAGUAUAAUAUGCAAAGCGUGACAUGAGAAUUGGCCGCACGCUGGCGUGACGUAAUUGUGAGUCGCACUCCUGCGUGACAUGAAUCUCAUGCUUCACUUGCAUUUGUCGUUUUCAUCUUUUUUAUCAAUUUUUCUGUCAUUUUCUCUCGGAAAUGUGUUGAACAGAGCUUUCUGCUAUUUUUUUAAAGCUCACCYUAMCGCAUACUUUGWAGGAUUGUUCGUGCUAUGAUCGUGCUGCACUCGUAGAACUUCGGAGCGUUAUCGUARUACCGAAAGGCCGGCGAAAGCACGCCUUGCUUGAAUAUAUUAUCCRAAUACAAGUAAUUCUGUAAGCAAUAGGUUAACUGCCGUUUGUAAAACGUUGACAUUAUCAAAAAUUCAUAAUUUAGCAAGUUCAAAUUAGCUAAUAGUGGAUUUUUUAUUUAUAUGAAAAUUUGUUGAAUUCUUAGUAUGAGUAAGUGAAUUUUGACCUGUGGUAAGGUUCAUUUAUUGGGGUUGGGUGAAGAUGAGUAGGCCGAGUACGUGAAUGUUUUCUUUUGGCUGACGAGAUAGGAAAUUAGCCUGAAUUGUGCACUUUAACUAAAUUACGACGGCGCAUAUUUCAAAAUCUGUUAUAUAAAUUAAUACAUGAAUUUGUGAUCCACGUGUUAGAUAGAUAAGUUUAUUUGCAUGAAYUUAWUGAUUUACAGGUAUUGCUAAAGUAUAAAUGAAAUUUUAUUUGAUGGUUGUUAAAAUCGUUUUCAUCUUUCCUUGUCAGCAGAGUAGGUCUGGCUGUGUGAACAUACUGUAUGUUAAUGUAAAACUUGGAUUAGUAUUGCACAAUUUUGGUGCUCAUAUUUCCCCGGAUUUCGUCAGGCUAACGUUGAUUGUAAAGUUGUACAGUUAACAAAUAAAUAAGGCUCAGUCGUGGUUUAUACUCUGAUAAACUCACGCUUGGCAUUUGAAACACACGAGAAAAUGUCAAGAAGCACGAGMUGAAAGCGAGUGCUUUUGGACAUUUUUGAGUGUGUUUCAAAUGCCAAGCGUGCGUUUAUUCGAGUCCACAGGCUGAGACUUAUUUAUUUGUUUUAUUAUAUAGAUUUUGAGCAAAACUUAAGCAAAAAUCCAUUUUGUUGCCUUUUUCAAAAAUCGUUCGCGCACAAUCGUGGUUUAUACUCUCAUAAACCACACUUUUUUGGCCAAUCAGAGCGCGCGUUAGAAAUCAUCUAUAUAAUAAAGCAUGAUAUGUUUGUGCAUGAAUGGGAGGGUAGUUACUUCGUGUCGGACCUUAUGAAGUGUCUCAUCUCUAGCUAUAAAUUAUUGUUGUUUUAUUGGAUAAUGUGGUAAUAUUAUCUACACUAGGUCUAACAUGAAGAACUUACGUUGGUUAAUUAUUUAAUAUUUUUAAACCAAUAAAUAAGGUUUAAUUUUAUCCGAGUAAAUAAUAGCUCUUGCUAACACAACCUGGCGAGUGUUUUUCUUCAUCUCAAAGCUAACAGAAUUGAAUUAAUAAACUCCAUUUGAUUUGUAAAGUAAUUUGGGAAUAAACUUUGCCAAGAAUUGAGCA